ACAUAAUAUAAAGUCAUGAUAACAUGCAUUGUGAUGAACACCGAUAGGUACAACACCAACCUCGGUAGUGUCGCGGUUAAGCCACCGGACAUAAGACUAGUAGGUACAGGGUUCAUAGCCCGGUACCGGCUCCCACCCAGAGCGAGUUUUAACGACUCAGUGGACAUGCUAGAUCUGAAAUGUAGGCCCAAGCAGAUGCACGUAUCGAAGUAUUCGUCUCCGUGUAAUUACUCCAGCGAGUUUCGCUGCCGAAUCUACGAGAUCAACCCGUACGACUUGUCGUGCGUCUACAAGAUUAUGUUUGAGAAAUCCGCCACCAAUACUCUGCUGGAUUUCUCCACCAAGUACACUCCUCCAAAAGAAAAAGAGAAGGCUGAUGUAGCGAGGCCAUUAUCACCUGGAACCGAGACUCCGAAACUAGCGGCUCCUUUACUGGACAUAAUUUCUCAGACUGUUCCAGAGGAGAAGUGUAUCGAUGGAUGGAGUAUGAGUUCGUUUUCAAAUACUGCCACACAUGUGCUUGACUCGAGCAAAUCGUACACUGCGUAUAAGAAAGACAUAGAACGCAGGAGCCUGUCACUGCCAUCCAGACUUAUCUCUUCCAAAGAUGACUCCAACCGGAACGCCAAGGCCGCAAAUUCCAAACCUACAGAUAGGCCAGUUUCAAGUUCGGUGUCUUUAGGUUCUUCCUACCACCAAUUCCCAAACAGAAUUGUAUAUGUGUUCAAACAUUAUGAUGAUAUACACAACUACAUCAACCAAUACAGACUGGACUAUACGUACAGACGAAUGAAUCAGCUCAAGCACAGUUUGGUGGAAUACCCCAACCACUAUUCCUCGGCAUCAGCACCGCAGUACGGCUCUCUCAGACUACACGACAGCAAAGAGGCAUUCAGCCCUGCACGAGUAGCAAGUGCAGUGAUUACCCCGAGUCUGAGUGGGUCGCCGCGUGCACAGCAGCGUUCACCGCAGUCACCUGGCAGAAGUCCGCCAUGCCGACCGAUGACAUCCACAGCCACCCAGCAAAUCAGGUCUGCUCUACACAACUAUAGAGUCCCAGCAAGUAGCUCAAGCCAGUUUUCCGAGACGUCAACGACGGGCCCAACAACAACUUCACCAGCAUCAAGAACUGGAGCCAGUGUAAGCAAAUAUUCCAGGACGUCGCCUAAGAAACUUUGUGCCAUAAUAUGGCUGAGAAACACUGCUAUCACCAAUGUGAAGUUCUACAAAUCACCCACGGAAACCUCGCAGUCUGUCACCAGAUAAACAAAGCCUGCGUAUCGGUUUUUUUUUCUUCAAAUUACAUUCUUGUUAUUUGACGUUUGACUUUAACCUGUGACGUUUGACAUCAAUUUUUUUUAAAUUUUUUUAUCUUAUUUUAUUAACCUAGGUUGCGUUCAAUUCGCAAUUUUUGUCGCAGGCUCGAGCUAACAGUUUGACAGGCUCUCAUCCUGUCACAGUCAGUUAACCAGUCAAGGCUGCAUUGUACCAAAAGAGAAAGUCAAAUAUUUACGGAGGUUUGGAGGGGGAUGAAAAUUAAUAUAUAAUAAAAUUAUAACUGUCGCAAAAUUUAGCGGCGGGUGGGGGGGGAAUUGAAAUUGAUUAUGUUUAGAAGAGUGCAAAUUUAGUUGUUAUAUGUGUUGUUCAAUAUUUUAUAUUUAUAUUUGUACAAUUCAGAAUAAACGUAGCUCGAGUGGCCUCCAGCCCUUCCCUGUUUAUAUGUUGUCGCGUCCCUGACAACACGUCCCUGACAACCUAUAAACAGGCUAGGGCUAGAGGACACUCGAGCUACAAUAAACGG